GGUUUUUAUUUAUUCAUUCAUGAAAUAUGGACAUUGCCGAAAUGGCCAGUGCUUAUCAUCCAUCCCAAGUUGUCUGCUAUGCCAUUUCAGAGGUCAAUUAAGUGUUAAACCAUAUUGGUGGAUUUGGAGUCAAACCAGGUUUGGAAACAUGGCUCCAAAUUCUGAUGUCCUUCGGUUUAAGUUUACAAGCUAUGGAGACUCCAUGUUGCAAAAAAUGAAUUUGUUGAGGCAGCAAAAGCGAUUCUGCGACGUUACAAUUCGAAUCAACAAUGUGGCGUUUCUGGGGCAUAAAAUAAUUUUUGCUGCAUGCUCUCCCUUUUUGAGGGACCAGUUUUUGCUGAAUGAUUCAAAGGAUGUCAGAAUUUCACUUCUCCAGAGUUCUGAGGUUGGAGAACAGAUACUUUUAUCCUGCUACACUGGUAUCCUAGAGUUCCCUGUGAAGGAAUUGGUAAACUACUUAACUGCUGCAAGCUACCUUCAAAUGGGUCAUAUUGUGGAAAAAUGCACACAAGCUCUUUCUAAAUACAUUGAGCCAAAGUUGUUGUCUGAAGACCAAGGGCACCAAGUAGGGGAAAGCAGCACUUCAACUGCAUUCCCUGAGAGUUCAGAAAGGCCACAAGAAAGUCCGCUUUCUGAUUCUGGAAAGAGCAAAUUGGAAGAUCUCACACAAACUAGAGAUGUCUCCGACUGUGAAACGGACUCUGAAGACAGCAACAUCCGUAUUGUCAAAGUGGAAUCUCUGACUAGUGAUAUUCAAGAGAGUGAGAAUGGUGACAGUUUGAGUCAUCUCUCAAAUAAUUUCAGCAAUAGUGUAGAAAGAGCUGUUGCAAAUUCUCCUGAUUCACAGCACUCCCUGGUUAAUUCGUCUGUUGAUUCUAGAAGCAACAAGGUGUUAGAUAGCUGUUUACAGAACUUUGUAGCUGAUCCGCCCAGAUUGUCGGAAGUGGUCAAUGGCACAAGUUUUAUGCUGGCAGCCAAUGAGUUUGAGCUGCAAGGUUUGAGUAGUUUCCCAAAUGAGGAAAUGGCUGCUGCAGGUGGGUUUUUGUUCAGGCGCAACAGGGGCACAAAACUGUUUGCAAACAAAACCAUGUAUACCAAUCAUUUUAAAAUGCAGGACAAGUGGCUUCAGAAGCCCCACCACUGCAGUAAAUGUGGUAAAAUUUUUCAGCAUCUGGAAAACUUCAUCAGUCAUCUGAAAACUCACAAACUUUUCCUUUGUCUACGCUGCGGCAAGAUUUUCACACAGAAAAGUAAUCUGACACGGCACAUCCGCGUACACACGGGAAUCAAGCCCUAUCAAUGCACGAUCUGUGGGAAGACGUUCACACAGAAAUGUUCUCUGCAGGACCACCUGAAUCUCCAUAGCGGUGACAGACCGCACAAGUGCAACUACUGUGAUGUGGGCUUUGCACAUAAGCCAGCUCUCAGGCGACACCUCAAAGAACAGCAUGGGAAGAAAUGUGUAGAUAAUGUCACUGAAGGAAGCAUACAAGAAAUUACUCUAGAAGUAGAUACUAUUGAAUGACUGGUAAUUUACUAGAUCUAACAUCUAAGAAGGUCAACAAAACCUCUGGGCAAGUGGUAAAACUUAAACACUUAAGGGACGUUGGUAAAAAAUUUUCCCCGAAAUGGGUUAGUAAAUAUGCAGAACACUGCACUUGGAAGAAAUGUUCCGUAGAUUUCAAUCAGAUGAAAUAGAGCCCACUCUAACAGUUGUUUUAUUAGGUGUCUGCAAGAAUGGUAUAAUUUUAAAAGUGCAAUUCAGUACUUUUAGAUGAACUGAAUGAAUUCUAAUGGGCCACAUUGUUUUUAUAAAUGAAUAGGUGACAUAGUCUUGCAUUUGUCUGGUUCUCUUUCCUCUAGGGCUAUGUAAUAAGGCACAAAAACCCUUUAUGUGUAGGUAACAGAAAGCAUCUGGUUAGUUAACUAACUUUCCAGGACGAAUACUUAAAUUGUGAAACCUUGCCUUAUGACUUUGUCGAACAUAGGAACAGGAGGAAGCCAUUCAGAGCCUCCAGCCUUUUCCACCACUUGACUAAUUUCUGCUUAAACCUCGUUACUUGGCUUUGUUCCACAUUCCUUAAUCAGCAAAAAUCUAUUGACCUCCAUCUUGAAAAUUUCAAUUGACCCAGCGUUCACUGCCUUUUCAGGGGAGAAAGUUCUAGAUUUUUCACUACAUUUUAUCCUGAUUUCUGUCCUAAAUGACUUGUCCCUUAAUGUAAGGUGAUUGUAAUUUGUACUGGAGGAAAUAGUUCUCUGUGUCUGCCUUGUUUAAUCCCUUGCUAUCUUAGGCAUCUUACAUAGACCAUUCCUUUUUUUAAUCCUGAUCUUUUUCUAAUAACUUUUUAAACAUUUUAACAUCCAUUUCAAACAUUUAAGGCACUCUUCAGUCCUGUCUUCCUCUGUCUCCAGAUUUGUACCAGUAAAAUAUGCUAGUUUGGGGAAACUAGGGCUAUUUGUUGAAACACAAGAAAUGCUGUGCAUCUUAAACAGAUGGACAAUUAAUAGUUUCUUCAAGAGUAGUGAUUCUGUACUUUGUAUAUUUUCACCAAAUUGUUAAACUUGUAAUGCUCCUCAGAAACUCUCAUGGACAUGUCCCUCUACCUAGUAUCGGUGGAAUUAUGCCAUUGUUUGCUAUCUCAGAGUUGCAGUUAUGGUGGGUGCUGCUGAAUAUGAAGGUGCACAUUACUCUGGUUUUGUGUUUUAAUAGUCAGGUAUUUGAUUUUAAGCCACAGGACUUGUGUCAUUCCUUGAAGAUUCUGAAAAAUGGUCUGUACAGAAUUCCACUGAAGUUAUCCAGUGAGAUACAUGUGCAUCAAUUUGGAGCUUGGAUUUUUGCCAGCUUGGACUAUUUUACAAUUUGUCCUUUCUCUCCACUCCCUCUCUCCAAAAAAGAGUUGGCGGCAAGGUGCUUACUGACAGAGUUUGGUGAGCAGUUAUGUUUAUUGAAUUGACACUACAGUUGUGAAUUUAGGCUCUGUGCACAUAUCACUGGUGUAUCAUAUCCAGAACUAAUUUAUAAACUAGUGUGGGGGUACAAGCAUCUUUUUUGCAAAGAGAGAGGUUCCACCUCAACAGAUAUUUUGUUGUGUUGUACCUUUUGGCAUUUAUGUUGCAAACCUUUUAAUUGCACUGCUAACAGUGCAAAUGUCUUCUAAAGAAACAUUAGACUCUAAAUCUAGGGAGGAAUGUUUCAUUGAAAUGAUCCAAUGAUCCCGAGUGCUUUUUAGCCAGUGAAAAUAGUGAAGUAGUUUUAAAAGUGUGGUCACUGUAGCAGAGCAAGAAAUGUAGCAGCCAGGGGGUCUCCCACACAGGGAUAGGGUAGUUGUUUUUAAGGGUUGUUGACUGAGGGGUAAAUAUUAACCAAAAAGCCAGGGACAGUGUCCUUCCCAUCACCGCGCCCCCCCCCCCCCCCCAAUUCUUCAAGUAGCAGCAUGGGAUCUUCUGCAUUUUCCGGAAAGAUUAAACAGGGUCUUAUUUAAUAUCUCAUCCAAACUGUGGAAUCUCCAACAGCAUUACUCUCCUUUGCAACUAUACCAUGCAUAGGUCUCAGGACUGAGAUUUAAAUCUACAAGUUUCCAACUCCAGUUGAAUGCUACCAGCAAGCCACUGUGUCACUUCCUUAGGAACUGUCAUCAAUUUCCCAGUGCUUGUGCUUAAUGUACUCUGAUAUUCAAGUAUCCAACUGCCAGCUCUAGGGGGUGUUAAUUACAUCCCUCUAUUUGACUCUUGGUACAUUCAAUUCCCUAUAAUUGCACAGCCCCGAUCCCUUGGAAGUAUAAAAUGAAAGAAAGAAAUCCAGUCCUCUGAUGCAUUUGAUGAUUAAGCAAUCUGUCAAUAAGAUACACUGGAGCUAAUGUUUCCCCUGAACGACACUGUUCAGUAUAAUUUGCCCAAAAGCUGGUCAAAUUUGCACAAAAAUACGUGGAUCUUCAAAUGUGAACAAAAGUUUCUGCAGGGCUGCUUUUGGGAGUUUCUGAUUGCACCCAUUUAUUAAGCUAUUUAUUUUUCUGCAUUAAGGACACUAACAGUCAUGUUUUUAAAACUUUUUUGAUUUUUUUACUAAAGUAACUGCUAAACACCAAUAAAACUAGCAAAUAGUUCAGAUUUUAAAAUUGAGAUAUUGGUGACAGAUGUUUGAAUUAACUUUGUGAUAAAAUCCAUUUUCCAAUGUAACCAAAUUCACAGGGAAAAUUUAUAAAAGCAAAGUAUUUUUGAAAUUGCAUUCUAAACACACCGGCCAAUUGCAUUCAUGACAGAUUUUGCAUUAAUCAAUGUGCAGUUUAUUGAGCCAAAAAAAACUAACACUGGCAGAAUUUGGGGCUCUGUUCACCCUGGGAUUGAUGAUUAUAACCAAAGCAGAAACUUCAGAGCUAGGUAAAUAAUUGUUUUGAUUUAUGGAAUUACUAACUUCCAUAAUUCUGCCUUUAUAUUAUCCUGGGAGUAGAUUUCAAUGUAAUGUCUUUUUUUACCUCAUUGGCCCUUCAGUGUUUAUCAGGCUGAGAUGGAUACAUAAGCAUCAUUUUCGUUUUCCUUUUGCUACUUCCCAAGUACUCUGACACAUGAGGCCCUCCAGCCAAACCUCCGGAUCAAAAAUAAACUUUUCAUCUGGGGGCUUCAUUAGCAACUGAAGCUAUCUUUCAAAUUCCACCCUCUCAAGAGAAGGUGACAGAACUUGUUGGAAAACACAUAACACUGACAAAGGCCAGGAUGAACAUGGAGAAUGAUUUUGAGAGACUUAAAAAAAACUUCAGAAAAUAAAAUCAACAGCAAUAUUGUAAAUCAUGUAGAAAAAUAACAGGAAACAUUUAAAACUGUUCAACAGCCAAGAGGGAAAAAGUCUGCAUAAAAGAAACAAACUGAACACUAAUGUAAUGCUACAGAUGAAUUAAGAUAUAAUUGGAAAAAAGUAGUUAGCAAAUGAACAAAUCAGAUCAUGACAGAAUACAAGAGACCUCCAGAGAAAAAAAAUUAGGAAAGCUGUGGAAUGAACACAUCAGGGAACACAAAAUAGCACAAUAUUCUACCAGCACAUAAACUAAAAAAGUUAAUAAAGGUAAUUGAGAGGACAAGAUAAUAUAGAAGUGGUGAAAAUGUUAUAUAAAAACAAAAUGCUCAAAACUUAGCAGGUUAAGUAGCUUAUUUGGAAAGGGAGACAGUUAAUAUUUCAGAUCUGAGACCUUUAAUUACUUUGCUUUGGUAUUUACCAAGGAGAUUAAUUGGUUGGUCAUGACAGCAGAAAAUCAGAUUAAGAUGAUAUAAUGGAAGUUAAAGAGGGGGAAAAUUUUUAAAUGAAUCAUACUUGAGGAUAAAACCCCUGCUGGGUACCAGUUGCAUCGAUGCACUUCAACAGAACCUGGGGGAUAACUAAGAGUGCUGUUACAUAUUUUAAUAAUUAAUUUUUUUUUAAAAAUCUAGUGCCAAAGGACUAGCUGAUAGCUAACAAUAUGCUUACAGUUAAGAAGGAAGAUAGUACAUGACAUUGGUAGAAAAUGUAAUGCAAUCUUUACCAAAAAAAAGGAAAAAAAAACCUAGAAACUAAAAUACAAUCAUGAAGUCGGUGAGGAUUUACAAAAGGAGAGUUUUGUUUGACCAACCUCAUUGAAUUCAUUGAAGAGACAACUUAGAAAGUAGACAGAAGUGAUGUAAAAUAUCUGGAUUUCUAUAAGGUCUUCAAAAUGAUGCCACGUAAUGGAUUACUUAGAGACAGAGUGGGGACGAUUAGCAGAAUGAAUAGCCUGCCAGCAGAGAGAAGAGAUAAAGGAUUUCUGUUUCGGAAGGCAAAAAGUGGGAAGUAGGGUCUCACAAGGAUGAGUGCUGUAUCCACUGUGUUCAUAAUUAACGUUAAUGAUUUAGACUUCAGAAAUUUAGAAAUUUUGUUAAUUCUAAUGACUUCUAAUUAGGAUCAUUAACACAAACUUGUAACAAGUCAUGAGACCUUAAUAAAUGUGUGGAAUUUAUAUUGGACAAAAAAAAUUCAACACGUCACUGUUUGGUUAGAAGAAUAACACCUGAGAAUAAGACUCUUAAUGGGGUUGUGGAUCAAGUGGAUUUAGGAAUACAAAUGCACAUCACUGGAAGUUGUGACGUAGGUCAGUUUGGCCAUAGUAAAAAUAGAGAUACUGUGAUUAAAAUCAUACUGACCUUGGGCUGUGCACUUAAGGUUGUCACGCAGAAAGGAUGUAGAAACAAUCGGUAGAGGGGGCAAAAAUGUUUUAAAAGGAAGAUAGCAGAACUAAGAGCUUGUAUCCAUCAGGAAAGAACACACAUCAUGGAUCUCUUCUCAUCAAAAGAGACAAGGAGGUGACCUUAAUUAUAAAAGAUUUGAUAGACCAGAGAAAGUGUUUACAUUCACAGGGAAGUGCAAAACCAGGAGCCGUCAAUACAAGGUGUUCUCGUGGCAUCAAAUAGGGAAUUCAGAAGAAACUUCAUUACCUGGAAAUCAGUCCUGUAAAAAGCAGCUAAAGUGAAUAGCAUUGAUGCAUUUAAGGGGAAGCAGGAUCUAUGUACAAAGGAGGAGAGGAUUAUGCAGAAGAAGCGAAUACUUUGGAGAUUUUUUUUAUCCCAGUUGUUCUUCCAAUCCCAGUAAUAUGCUAAGAUUGAGAGUGUGCACCUAUACAUGCAUCAGUUUGAAGCAAAUUAGGGAUUUUUUCCCUGCAUUGAAGACUUCCUGAUCACCAUCAGUGUCACCUUUGGAGAUGCCACCUACAGGGAUGGGGAAGGCAUACCAAUUAGCAUCCCUCACAUUAAAAAAUCUACAAAGGCCUGCAGAGAGUGCUUAACCACCCUCUUGAUUAUGAAGCAGAGAUUUGCAGAGCUGAGGAUAAACACAAAGUGCAGUGCAUGGGUGGAAAUAGUUUUGAAUAAAAUGAUUUCAUAUCCCAGUCGUCUGAUGUUAGACAAUUCCCUCCCAUCCAACCCUCAAAGUAACAUGUUGAAAAGCAAUGAAAAUCAGACAAAUCAGCCUUCUUUCCUAUCUGUUUGAUUUACUUGGUUCUUAUUCUGGGGGCUUAAUAUAUGCAGCAUAGCCAUUGCAGCAGGAUUGAGGGCAGUAGUUGGUAUGAAAUCAUGAGAUGAAAACUUUCCAUAUGUUGGUAUUGCAAUACUCUAGACGUGGAACUGAGUAUCAAAAUCAGAAAUACAAACUGAAUGUGGUUAGAGGAAGAAAAAGGCAUUAGCCAAUAAAGCCACAAAGGGUUUAUUUCACCAAAAUAACUAAUGUGGAUACUGAAGAUUCCACUGUAAUUGUACUUCUAGUCUGUCAAAAUGUCUGUCAAGAUUAAUAUUUAGUAGGUGCGUAAUAUGCUGAUUCAAUUCACCUAUUAAUGGUUUAUCAGGUUGAUUUUAAUGUGUACUUAAGUUCUGAAUAUCAUUUAAAGGAUUACCAUUUUGGAUCCUUUAUAAUGUGUUGCUUCCAGUCCACAAAAGACUCUGUUGAAGUUUUAAAACAGUUAAAGGUGUGUUCUAUUUUUAUCAGCAGUUAAUUGUUUUUAAUAGUUUGUAUGCAUUUUCUAGUACUGUAUGCAAUGUCACAAUAAGAACUGACUACCGUUAUUUCAGUAUCCUGACCCUAUUGGUCCUGAAACUAGAUUUUUGGGUUCCUAGCACAAUAGCAUAUACCUCAUCUGGGACAGUA